GCAUGAAUUGCUAUAUUUAACUCCUUUCCUUUUCCUUGUGUGUUAUCUUAUUUUUAGGCGAAGGAAGUCCGGAGGCUUGCUGAUAAUAUGGUACAGCUUGGGAAAGAGGGUACUCUCUGUGCUGCAAGGCGCGCUGCUGCCUUUGUACGUGGUGAUGAUGUCCUCCACAAGAUAUUCACGGAAUUGGCUUAUCGAUACAAGGGUAGAGCUGGUGGAUACACGAGAUUACUCCGAACCCGAAUUCGAGUUGGUGAUGCUGCACCAAUGGCCUAUAUUGAGUUUAUAGAUAGAGAAAAUGAACUUAGACAGUCUAAACCACCAACUCCGCAACCUUCUCAGAGGUCUCCCUUGGAUCCUUGGAUGAGAUCUCGACUUACAAGACAAUUAGCACCACCUAAAGAGGAGAAAAGCUCUGAAGCUGAGAAUUAAAAUACAAUCUUUUUGAAAUGUAGGACAAAGGUUUUGUUUUCAUCUUUCUAUUUGAUAUGUAGCCUUUUGUAAUUCCUGAAGGUGAAACCUUUUCUUCGUCAUUUGAAACGAGUGAAAAUAAUGUAGAUUUGGAUUUGCUGUGGUGCUUAAAAUGUUUGGACUGGCUUUUAGUUGCUUC